UGCAGUACACAUAAAACGUAAAAUAGUCAUCUAAACAAAAGUUGCGCUUAUUUUGCAUUGAUUCAGUUACAAUUUCAUAUUAAAGUCCAUAAAACUAUUCACUCCAAAGCCACUAUAAAUAAACAGGACUGUACUUUUCUUCUCACUGCAAAUCAAUUCUUCUAGCUCUGGUGAUUUCUUCAUACUUUUGUACUAUAAGAAUGGCGGAUGAGGUGGUUCUGCUGGAUUUCUGGCCAAGUCCCUUUGGGAUGAGGGUUAGGAUUGCACUUGCUGAGAAGGGUAUCAAGUAUGAAAACAAAGAAGAGGACUUGAUUAACAAGAGUCCUCUGCUGCUCCAAAUGAACCCGGUUCACAAGAAAAUCCCGGUUCUCAUUCACAAUGGCAAGCCCAUUUGUGAGUCUCUCAUUGCUGUUCAGUACAUUGAUGAGGUCUGGAAUGAUAGAUCUCCUUUGUUGCCUUCUGAUCCUUACCAGAGAGCACAGGCUAGAUUCUGGGCUGAUUUGGUCGACAAGAAGAUAUAUGAUAUACGAAGGAAGCUUUGGACAACAAAAGGAGAAGAACUAGAAGCUGCCAAGAAGGGCUUCAUGGAUGCCAUUAAAUUGUUGGAGGAACAGCUUGGAGACAAGGCUUAUUUUGGAGGAGACAAGUUUGGUUUUGUAGAUGUAGCAGUUAUUCCAUUCUACAGUUGGUUCAAAGUCUAUAAAAUCUUUGGCAACAUUAACACAGAGAGUGAGUGCCCCAAGUUUAUAGCUUGGGCCAAGAGGUGCAUGCAGAAAGAAAGUGUUUCCAAGUCUCUUCCUGAACAGGAAAAAGUCUAUGAUUUCAUUGUGGAGAGAAGAAAGAGGAUGGGCAUUGAGUAGAUUGGAGGCAUAAUAGUGUAAUUACUUGUAUUUCGUUGUUUGUGUGCUUCACCUUUCAUAUAAAGUAUUUAGUAACCGAGGUCACUUAAAUGUGCCAAAGUUCAUGCUUUGUUGCAUGAAUAUGUAGGUUUUGAAAUACUUAAGAUGUAUCUUGGAUGUGUGUGUUGGUCUUGGAUGUGUGUGUUGGUCUUGUAAUCGAGUCUUUUCUUCAUUAUUAUGUAGUUUUAUUAUCAGUUGGUCUAAUCACCAAAACUACACCUGUUGUUAUGCUUGAAAUCAUGUAAUGAAAAAAAUUUAUACACCUUCCUUUGGCAGCUGUAUUUGACAUAUU